AUGACUAUGGAAGAGUGGAAAAAUAUCAGCGCACCUUUGGAGAUCAGAAACGGGAGAACAACACAUAGUCGAUGCGAAGUAUACGAUAUUUACGAUACGAAAUACGGAAAAAACUUUUCAAAGAUUCCUUGUCGCUCGUGGGAAUACGAUAAUUCACAAUAUAAAAACAGUGUCAUUGAAAAGUGGAAUUUAGUUUGCGAAAGUUCUUGGUUGAGUUCUCUCGCUGGCUCUUCUUACUUCGUGGGAUUCCUCGUGUCGGCUAUUGUAUCUGGUCAGAUAUCCGAUAAAUAUGGCAGAAGACCAGUGAUAAUAUCGGGAAUCGCGCUUCAUGUAACCUUUGGGAUUCUUUGUACAUUUUCUCCAUAUUACUGGAUGUUUACUGUAUGUCGUUUCUUCUUAUCUGCAGGAAAAACAGCGUGUAAUCUCACGUUUUACGUAUAUGUUAUGGAAGUGGUCGGACCAAGCUACAGAGAAAAGGUAAUAGUAACUGAGAGUUUCUUUUAUACCACGGGGAUGCUUCUACUUACCGGAGUAUCUUGGUUCCUCAAAGAUUGGACUUAUAUUCAAUUAUGCAGCAGUUUGCCAUCCAUUAUAACGCUCCUGCUCAUCAGUUUUAUACCGGAGUCUCCGAGAUGGCUGCUAACUCACGGUCGAUUACGUAAAGCCGAAGACGUUAUACGAAACAUAAUGGAAAAGAAUAAAAGACACACCGAGAACUUAACCGAAAUUAUUGAAGAACUUUAUUGGAAAAUUAGAACGGAAACGGCGAAAGAAUUUCAAGACUUUACAGACCUUAUCGGUACAUUUGGAAGAUGGCAGAAGAUUUUAUUAGGGGUAAUCGCGUGGUCUGCCAUUGUUAUGGCAUUAAACAAUUUAAAUUGGCCAUUCUUGGCGUACAAAGUGGAUUAUUGGUGCAUGAGAACACCGAAAUACAUUAACAUGACUAUGGAAGAGUGGAAAAAUAUCAGCGCACCUUUGGAGAUCAGAAACGGGAGAACAACACAUAGUCGAUGCGAAGUAUACGAUAUUUACGAUACGAAAUACGGAAAAAACUUUUCAAAGAUUCCUUGUCGCUCGUGGGAAUACGAUCAUUCACAAUAUAAAAACAGUGUCAUUGAAAAGUGGAAUUUAGUUUGCGAAAGUUCUUGGUUGAGUUCUCUCGCUGGCUCUUCUUACUUCGUGGGAUUCCUCGUGUCGGCUAUUGUAUCUGGUCAGAUAUCCGAUAAAUAUGGCAGAAGACCAGUGAUAAUAUCGGGAAUCGCGCUUCAUGUAACCUUUGGGAUUCUUUGUACAUUUUCUCCAUAUUACUGGAUGUUUACUGUAUGUCGUUUCUUCUUAUCUGCAGGAAAAACAGCGUGUAAUCUCACGUUUUACGUAUAUGUUAUGGAAGUGGUCGGACCAAGCUACAGAGAAAAGGUAAUAGUAACUGAGAGUUUCUUUUAUACCACGGGGAUGCUUCUACUUACCGGAGUAUCUUGGUUCCUCAAAGAUUGGACUUAUAUUCAAUUAUGCAGCAGUUUGCCAUCCAUUAUAACGCUCCUGCUCAUCAGUUUUAUACCGGAGUCUCCGAGAUGGCUGCUAACUCACGGUCGAUUACGUAAAGCCGAAGACGUUAUACGAAACAUAAUGGAAAAGAAUAAAAAACACACCGAGAACUUAACCGAAAUUAUUGAAGAACUUUAUUGGAAAAUUAGAACGAAUGAAAAUAAGAGGAAAAUGAACUUUUUUGAAUUGAUCAGGAAUAAAGAGUUACGCAAGAUUACUUUCCUCAUGUACAUCUUAUGGUUAGUAAUAAUAUUUGACACCUAUGCAUUAUCAUUAAAUGCAGAUAUCACAGGAGGAAACAUCUUUAUUUUCUUUGUUUCAUUUUCAUUACAAUAUUGUGUUUCUGGUGUGUUGAUCAUUAUUUUACCUCGCUUUGGAAGAAGACGUAUUUUGAUGUUUGGAUGCCUUCUAGUGGGAAUCACUUCGUUGCUGAUAAUAGCUGUUCCAGACGAUAUUAUAUGGCUGAGGGUCGCCUUGCUAGUGUUGUGCAGAUUUUGCGUAACGAUUGAAAUAACUGCAAUAUAUGGAUAUACUUUAGAAUUGUACCCGACUGUAGUUCGUAACGUGGGUAUCGGAUCGUGUUCUACAUUUGCAAGAAUCGGAGCGAUCGCUGCACCAUUUAUGAAGGAUCUUGUAGGACUUCACACUCGUCUUUAA